GCCGAGUGAAUUGUUUACGAACCAUUGUGAGACACCGCAAAGCUGCAUAAUUUUUAUAUUUUUCGAUAAAUUUUAAUAGUUUUAAUCCACAAAUCCAAAAUGCAACGUGAAGAAAAGCAAUUGGAGUCGUUGAUCGAUGCGGUUUUAGGUCGGUUAAAUGAUUUGAAAAUCUCAAUCGGCGCAAUGAUUCAUAAGAUUGAAACCGAGUAUGAAAUCAUCAAUUGGCCAACAUUUUUGGAUAAUUUUGCAUUGAUUUCAAGUCACUUGACUGGAUUGUCAAAGAUUCUUGCACAUGAACUGGGUCCCCCGCUUCGUAACUUGACAGUGCUUCCUUUACAAUUGUCCCAAGAGAGAGAUGAAGCUAUUUUUCAUUUAACCGAAGGUCGAAUUCCAGUUUUUGCCCAUGAUUUAGUACCGGACUACCUUCGAACGAAGCCCGAACCAACCGCCGAACAACGAAUGUUGGCACAUGAACAAAAAGCAAACAAUAUGGUGCCUGACACAGCCGCAAAGCAAGUGAGCCAAUUUACCAAAGUCAUCUCGCAUGUGCAUGAUAUGGUGAGCAAAGCCAGAGAAGAUUGGGAUGUUGAGGCUUCGUCUCGAGCUGGCAUCCAAACAACCAGUAAUUUAGGUGAUACACAUGCAAUCGUGGCAGCAAUUGGUAUGGGCAAAGGAUUGAUACCCGAAACAGGAGCCAAUAUGGUGCCGCCAGUGCGACCAACGAUGCCAGCUGGAGCUGCUGUGCCUGCGGCUGCCUCAACAAUGGGCAAAGCUCCAUCUGCUAUUAAAACUAAUAUCAAGUCUGCCAAUCAAAUUCAUCCGUACAGCCGCUAAGUUCACUCACCUCAUUUGAGAACAACUGCUUAUGAUAUGUAUUUUUGUGAGAUUAAAGAGAAAAAACCGUACAAAAAAAUGGAAUAAAAUUAACAUAGACAAA